UAUUUAUAGGUGAGAGAGAUUUGGGUGUGAAUAGUUCAUGAUCAAACAUCGACCAUGAAAUCCAGGCAAGUACAAGAACCGACGCACAAGAAUAUCCUACUAACCUCCAUCUCAGCAAUGGUGGCCGAGACAACCACUUUUCCUAUUGACAUUACCAAGACUAGACUUCAACUUCACGCUUCUUCAUCCACAACCACGAAUGCCUUUAAGGUAGCUCUUAAUAUUCUUAAAAACGAAGGUUUUCUGGGUUUAUACCAAGGUUUAUCCCCUGCUCUCAUUCGCCAUUUCUUCUACACUCCUAUUCGCACUGUGGGUUAUGAACAUUUAAGAAAUUCCGUUCUUGUUGCUCAAUCUGAUUCUCAUGGUGCUUCUCCCUCUCUUUCUCUCCUCUCCAAGGCCAUUGUUGGUGGCUUAUCUGGGGUUAUUGCCCAGGUGGUGGCAAGCCCAGCUGAUUUAGUUAAGGUUAGAAUGCAAGCAGAUGGUCGCCUAAUCUGUCAAGGUAUGCAGCCCAGAUAUUCUGGCCCGAUAGAUGCUUUUAUCAAAAUAACUUCUGCUGAAGGAUUUCGAGGACUUUGGAAAGGGGUAUUUCCGAACAUGCAAAGAGCAUUUUUAGUCAACAUGGGCGAGUUGGCAUGCUAUGAUCAUGCAAAGCAUUUCAUUAUUAGAAAUGAGAUAGCAAAUGACAACAUUUAUGCUCAUACCCUUGCAUCUAUUACGUCGGGGCUCUCAGCAACGACGUUGAGCUGUCCGGCUGACGUAGUAAAGACACGAAUGAUGAAUCAAGCAGCAAGUGAGGAUGGUAAGUUGAUGUACAGAAACUCUUAUGAUUGUUUGGUGAAAACAUGUAAGGUUGAAGGAGUAAGAGCAUUAUGGAAGGGAUUCUUUCCUACAUGGGCAAGGCUCGGUCCUUGGCAAUUUGUGUUCUGGGUCUCAUAUGAGAAGCUUAGGCUUAUUGCUGGCCUCCCUUCUUUCUGAUUUUCAGUCAUCGGAAUUAUUCUUAUAGCUUUUUUGUAACACAUUGGUUCUUAUACCAAAAUAAUGGUUGACUGUUUUGUUCA